AUGUUGACAAGUUUUUUAUCCUCCUUUUAUACAAUCUUGUUGAAUAUAGGGUUCGACAGAUUGGCAUUUAUUAUUUUAACAGUCGCUAUCGUCUUGUAUGCUGCUUUACUGCUAAUUCAAAAGCUGAGAACCACUUUUCCACUGAACUACAUAUUAUUGAUCAUGGUGGUUAUUUCACUUCUUAUGGGUGUAGGAUUGUUGUAUAAAGACCUACAGUCUCUUGUGGCAACUUUAUUCGCUAUUGCGGGAUUUUUGCUGCUUAUCCUCAAGAAAAAAGAUCUACCGUUUCACAUUCUCGCGGGUAUACUAAUAUGCUCUGCAGCAGUUCUUAUUUUGUUCUCUAUGGCGUGUGGACUCAGAAAACGCAUUCGAAAAUUACCAUCCACCUUUUUGAAGUUGAUGGAAAUGUUGAAUGUACUCGUUGCAGUUAUUGGAAUGUUCGUAGCAGUAUCAGUGUGCUUUGUCUAA